AAUAUAGUUUUGUAGCUAUAUGUUCAAACAGUGCUUUGUGUGUAAAAUAUAAGAUGCUGCUGCAUUUUCUAAAGUUUGAGUGUAAAACUGAAGAAGAGGAAUGCGUGAGACUACUUGUAGUGGAAAAUUCUGACCUGAGAAUCACGGAUGUGCAUUGUGGUUAUUUCUGGUUUCGGGUGAUGGUACCUUGGUGAUGUGCUGAUUGUGUGUGUUGGGGUGAUUAUGGCACUGGGAGUUCCUGGGCACGCAGAGAUCUCACCCUGCUCUGCUCUGCCCCUGUGCUGCAGGCUGCCACUCGGCAGGACAUGACCUACUGGCUGCAGGAGCUGCAGCAGAAGAGGUGGGAGUACUGCAACAACCUGGACGCAGCCAAGCGGGACAGCCGGACCUCCCCCACGCCCAGCGACUUCUCCAAAGGUCUCGUUGCCAAAGACAGCCCUGAUUUGAGUAUCCUAAGUCAAAAUGCUUCAGCAGAGAGAGCUAGAAAUAUUCUAGCUGUGGAAACUUCUCCUACAGACCUGGUGGGGGAACAAGCAGCCUCCCAGCCUGCACCAGUCCAAGCAAGUGCCAUCAAUUUCUCCCUUAAGCAAUGGAGUACUGAGAUCAAAAACUCCAUGUCCUCCUUGAGAAAAGGAAGUAACGAAAAUCGCAAGAGUGUGUUUUAUACCACUGAGGAGUGGGAGCUGCUGGAUCCAACCCCAAAAGACUUGGAGGACUCAAUGGCUCUGGAAGAGAAGAGGAAACACCUGGCAGAAGGAAAUAAAGGACUGACUAGUUCAGCUUUUCCGUUUGAUUUUGGCCGCAUCCCACACAAAGCAAAGCGCCCCUUGAAGGAGAUGAUUGGAUCGAGCAAGAACCGCACCAGCAGUGACUCCUCCCCGACAGAGUGGUGCUCUGGCAGUGGCAGCAGGCUGGUCUCUGAGCUGCAGCUCAAGUAUCAAAGCCAGCAGGAAGAGCUGGAGAAGCUAAAGAAAGAUCUUAUGAGCCAAAAGGAGCUGGUUCGACUUCUGCAGCAAACAGUGCGAUCUUCCCAAUAUGAUAAAUACUUCACAAGCCACCUUUGUGAGGGGGUUCCCAAAGACACACUAGAGCUGUUGCACCAAAAAGAUAACCAGAUUUUGGGCCUCAACAAUCAGCUUGAAAAGUUGAAUCUGGAAAAAGACAGUCUCCAGCAGGAAGUCAGGAAUCUGAAGUGUAAGGUUGGAGAGGUCAAUGAACGGCUGGGAAUGCUGAUGGAAACCAUUCAAGCUAAAGAUGAAGUCAUCAUGAAACUCUCCCGUCAACUCAGCGAGUGUGAGGACAGCACAUCCUCUCACAGUGGGGCAGUGAACUCCCCCUCAGCCACCUGUACUAACAAGGAGCUACAGGAACUGGACAGACUAAAAGACAAUCUUCAGGGUUAUAAGACCCAGAAUAAAUUUUUAAAUAAGGAGAUUUUGGAACUUUCUGCUCUACGAAGAAAUGCAGAAGCCAGAGAGAGAGAAUGGCAGGCAAAGUAUACCAGCUUAGAAGCCAAACUCUGCCAGAUUGAAAGUAAAUACUUGAUCUUGCUUCAAGAAAUGAAAACUCCUGUUUGUUCUGAGGAUCAAAGUCCUGCUCGUGAGGUCAUCACACAGUUACUGGAAGAUGCCUUAAAAGUGGAACCCAGUGAACAACCAGAACAAGCAUUUUUCAAACCCCACCUAGUCAGUGAAUAUGAUAUCUAUGGCUUUCAGACCGUCCCAGAGGAUGAUGAUGAGGAGAAACUUGUAGCAAAAUCACGAGCUUUGGACUUGAGGUCCCUUUCACUCAGUGAGAAUCGGGAGAUCUCCACAGGGGUGAAAUGGGAGAACUACCUUGCAAGCACAAUGAACAGAGAGAUGAUACGCUGUGUGGAGCUGAAGAACCUCAUUCGCUCUGGAAUUCCACAUGAGCACCGUUCCAAGGUGUGGAGAUGGUGUGUCAAUCUCCACGUGAAAAAGUUCAAGGACAGUGCCAUUCCUGGCUACUUCCAAUCCUUGCUUCAGAAAGCUCUAGAAAAACCAAAUCCUGCAUCUAAGCAGAUCGAGCUGGAUCUCUUGAGGACUUUGCCAAACAACAAACAUUACUCGUCCCCAACGUCCGAAGGGAUCCAGAAGCUGCGAAAUGUCUUGCUGGCAUUUUCCUGGAGAAAUCCUGAUAUAGGAUAUUGCCAAGGGCUCAACAGGUUGGUAGCAAUUGCACUUCUAUACUUGGAGCAGGAAGAUGCUUUUUGGUGUCUAGUAGCAAUAGUGGAAGUUUUCAUGCCUCGUGACUAUUAUACUAAGACACUGCUGGGAUCCCAGGUUGAUCAGCGAGUGUUCAAGGAUUUAAUGAGUGAGAAGCUUCCACGACUGCAUGCUCAUUUUGAACAAUAUAAAGUUGAUUAUACUCUCAUCACUUUCAACUGGUUUCUUGUGGUUUUUGUGGACAGCGUGGUUAGUGACAUCCUUUUCAAAAUCUGGGACUCCUUCCUCUAUGAGGGACCAAAGGUAAUAUUCCGGUUUGCCCUGGCACUGUUCAAAUACAAAGAAGAGGAAAUCCUAAAGCUGCAGGAUUCCAUGUCUAUUUUCAAGUACCUUCGCUAUUUCACACGCACCAUCCUCGAUGCCAGGAAACUGACUGCUAUUGCUUUUGGAGACCUGAACCCUUUUCCCUUACGGCAGAUCCGGAACCGCAGGGCCUGUCACCUGGAGAAGGUGCGGCUGGAGCUGACGGAGCUGGAGGCCAUCCGCGAGGACUUCCUGCGCGAGAGGGACACCUGCGUGGCCCAGGAGAAAAGGGACCUGAUCAGUGAUGAUGAGGAGGACAGCUGAAACUGCCUCAUAGAAACUGUUCUGUGGGAUCCUGACCAAAGUGAGUUCACCUCCAAAACACCUUCCUAAUCCUGUCAAAUGGAAUGUAAGCUCCUUGCUUUUGGAAAUAUGCAGGACAGAUUUCCAAGUCCCAGCACUUUUAGAAAUACCACUUUGUAUGGAGGCCAAACGCUUCUGUUUACAUUUAUGUUCAUGGAAUCGUUUGUAGAGCACGUAAAUAUCUGUCUGUUUAGUCAGUCAGCUGAAUUGACAGCUGUUUUCCUGAAGUGCACCGUUAAUGCCUGGAUGUGGAACAAUAGUAAAAGUCCAUGCUCUGUUACAUUCAUUGCCAUUCUGAGUUUAGGGUUUUUGUGAUGUAAUCAUGUUUUUCGUAGUGCAGGCUCAAUGUGAGAGGACAUCAUAUUUCUUGGAUUCAGGUUGGCUCAACCUAGGAGUUCUUGAGGUCACUAACCAGAAAAGUAUGGGAUGAAGAUUCCUUUGUCUUUUCCUGAAGUGUCAUGCAGUGUGUCACCAAACAGAGCACUUGAAUAUAUGUACUCUAAAGUAAAGGUAAAAUAAGUACCUGGUUUUGUCACUGACUGUUGAGUGUGUAUGAAACAGUGAUAGCAGACAUAAUCUCUACUUUUCAGGGCAGCUGUCUUCAUAGUCUCAUUAAUGCAAAGGGGUUUAUAGAUCAAACUCUCUUUAAUCAAUUUUAUUUGUAUUCACUUUUUUGAUUGCAAUGGUUCAAAAAGGCCACAACCAAACUCCAGAUAUUAUGGAAGAAUGGAGCUUAUCACAGGAGUACCAUGCUUUAGGAGCCAAUUUCUUGUGUAUCUGUUGGAAGUUUGUUUUGGUUUUUUGUUUCUGUGAGGGUGUUUGUUUGGUUGGUUGGUUUUG